AUGCCAUCGCAUGUCACUAAAAAGAGCAAAACCAGCGCCACCGCGGAUGCCAAGAAGAAGAGCAUCCCCGCCGAGAAGAUGAACAAGCCCGCGAGUCCCAGUGCAUCAUCACCAUCUGACAGCGAAUCCUCCGCCGGUACUGGCAGCGUGGACCUAAACAAUGCCUCAGAGGACUCAGGCUCAGAAGCCGAUGGAUACCCCCUACCUUCCUCUGCCAGCGCUACAAAUACCGAAGAUGACUCCGACUCCGACGACAACCUCUCUGACCUCCUCACCUCCACCCAGCGUCCUGCCAAAAAGCGCAAGCGCAACGACCCCGAAGUCUUCUCCACGACGAUGUCGAAGAUCCUCUCCUCGCACUUGACCACGACGGCGCGCAAGGACCCCGUGCUCGUCCGCGCGAGGCACUCCGCAGCGGAGGUUGACGAGAGCAGGAUCGAAGCGAAGGCUCGUAGAGUGCUGCGCGAGGAGAGGAGGAAGGAGUUGGAGAAGGGGCGGGUGAGGGAGGUCAUACCAAAGGACGAUGACGAGGCGGCGAGGAAGGCGUUGGAGCUUGAGAAGCGGCUUAGGAAGACGGCACAGAGGGGGGUGAUCAAGUUGUUUAAUGCGGUCAGGGCUGCGCAGGUUAAGGGCGAGGAGGGGAGUAGGGCUGUGAAGAGGGAGGGGGUUGUGGGCAUUGUGAAGAGGGAGGAGAAAGGUAUGAUAUGAUAUCUCCCCAUAUACGGGCUUUCGGACCGGGAUCAAUGGCUAAUGGAAUAUCAUAGUGACCGAAAUGUCGAAGCAGGGCUUCCUGAGCCUCAUCCAGUCUGGCGGGAAAUGAUCACUUCCGAGGGUUCACCCCCAACUCCAUUCAAACAAGCGAUGCAUUACUUUUAUACAAACCUGUAGUUAUAUUAAAAAAUUCUAUC